AUGAAGUUAGAGCACAAUGUGUAUGGCAGUGAUGCGUGUCUGGAGUCACUUAUCUCGUCUUGUCCAGUUCUUGAAGAUUUGAGCCUUGUUAGAAUGGUAACAGAUCAUCUCAAGGUUGUAAGAGUGUGCUCUCAGACAUUGACACGUUUUAAUGUGGACUAUAUGUUUGGUGAAGAUGAUGACUAUGUUGAUGAUUAUGAGAAACAAGGCUCAGGGGUUUUUGUUGAUGCCCCUAGACUCGAGUAUGUGAAGUGGCAAGAUGAUAUGUCGGAAAGUAAAGUCUUGACCAAUCCGGCUUCUUUAGCCAAGGUUAAUCUUGUUUACGUCUUCAAUGAGAGUGAUGUCGCUGAUGUAGUUGACUUGCCAAGGCGAAAUAUGGUUCGUAAUUUUUUCACAAGUAUUUCGAGAGUCAGUGAUAUGAAGAUCUCUGGCUCUACUGUUGAGUUUUUCUGUUACAACGUGGAACACGACCCAUGGCCUAAGUUUCGCAACCUCUCCUGUUUGAAAGUGACGUUUACUUUAUUAACUCUGGAUAUGAUGACAAAACUUCUUAAGAGCUUCCCGAAUCUAAAACAUCUCAUCUUGGUCCUGGAUUUUGAUCAUCCUUCGGAGGAUAAUGAGCUAAUAAGACUCUCAUCCGUACCUCGGUGUUUGGUGUCAUCACUCGAGUGUGUAGAGAUAAAAUAUUUCAGCGGAGGGCCUGCUAAAAUGGAAGUAGCAAGGUACUUUGUGGAAAACUCAGCGUUCCUCAAGAAACUUGUUCUGCAUUUCAGAUGUUCCAUGCUACAAGAAGGGUUCAACAUAUUGAUGGAUCUCCUUGCAUUGCCCAGACGAUCUAGCCAAUGCAGAAUCAUAGUUUGUUGA